AUGGCUGACCAAGGAACUUUGAAGGCACUCACUAUAACGAUGACUAAACAUCCUUCAUCUUUUAAACUGGAAUCACCUCUCAAGGAGCUCAACGAGACUGCCAAACUCAACAAAGAGAAGGCCACGGUUCUCUAUGAAGGACCCGUGCGUGGCUUGUGCCCAUUGGCACCGAAUAAUGUUAACACGAUGGCUGGAGGAGCUAUAGCAGCUCACAAUCUGGGCUUUGACGGGGUUACCGCUAGACUCGUCAGUGAUCCAAAAAUGACUGACUGGCACGUCGUUGAAGUUGAAGCAAUCGGUCCAGACGGAUUUAGUGUAACGACUACGCGGAAAAAUCCCGCAAAACCAGGAGCGGUAACCGGACAGCUUACCUAUUACUCGUUUCUGGCCAGUAUCAAAGGUAAACUGUUCACGUUCGUGUGGUAA